UCCAAGAUGGCAUCAGUCAUACCAUUGAAGGACAAGAAACUUCUGGAGGUCAAACUAGGAGAGCUGCCAAGCUGGAUCUUGAUGCGGGACUUCAGCCCUAGUGGCAUUGUCAGAGAGUUUCGAAGAGGUUACUACCAGUACUAUAACAAAUAUAUCAAUGUGAAGAAGGGCAGGAUCACGGGGAUUACCAUGGUGCUGGCAUGCUACGUGGUCUUCAACUACACCUUGUCCUACAAGGAACUCAAGCAUGAGCGGUGA